AAUUUUCUUCCCCAUUACGCGCGCACCAAAGAUCUUCAACGCGCACAAAUACGACACCGUAAUGCCGGCCGCUCCACCACCGCCGCCGCCGCCGCCGCCGCUGCCGUCUCCUGCUAGAAACCCUGGCAAAAUCCUAAAACUCUCUUCCUCUUCUUCUCCUCUGCUUUCGAAGCCUCCACACCUUCGAUCAUUUGUGAAGGAUCGAAGAAUUCGAUGCGAUCUCAGUAGCUUCGAUGGUCCUCAAAAAUGGACAGUCGAUUGCGUUUCCGGAAGCGAUCCGAUUCACAUCAUCCUGAAACCUCCUCCUUCUUCUUCGAUUCCAAUGGCUUCCAUUGAUUCGACUGUGAAGAGCGCUAAGAAGGUUUGCCUCUUCUACUGUGCAGAAAUGGAGGCUCUUGCCGAGCGAGUCGCCGCUGAAUCUGACGCAAUUGAGCUUCGCAGCAUCACCUGGAGGACAUUUCAAGACGGAUUCCCAAACUUGUUCAUAUCUAAUGCUCAUGGCAUUCGUGGACAACAUGUAGCAUUUCUUGCCUCAUUUAGUUCUCCAGGAGUGAUUUUUGAGCAACUCUCUGUUAUCUAUGCAUUACCCAAGCUAUUUGUCUCCUCAUUCACUCUUGUCCUUCCAUUUUUCCCCACCGGCACUUCUGAGCGUAUGGAGGAGGAAGGAGAUGUUGCAACAGCUUUCACUCUUGCUAGGAUAUUGUCAAAUAUUCCAAUUUCAAGGGGAGGACCCACUAGUCUGGUUAUUUUUGAUAUCCAUGCAUUGCAGGAGAGAUUCUACUUUGGUGAUAAUGUUUUACCAUGCUUUGAAAGCGGGAUUCCUUUGCUUAAGAAUAGGCUUCAACAGCUCCCCGAUUCAAACAACAUAUCCAUUGCUUUUCCUGACGAUGGUGCGUGGAAACGGUUUCAUAACCAGCUGCAGCAUUUCCCUACGAUUGUUUGUGCCAAAGUUCGGGAAGGCGAUCAACGCAUUGUACGGCUCAAAGAGGGAGACCCUAGAGGACGUCAUGUUGUAAUAGUUGAUGAUCUAGUACAAUCAGGUGGCACGCUGAUUGAGUGCCAGAAAAUGUUGGCAAAACAUGGAGCAACAAAAAUCAGUGCCUAUGUGACACAUGGAAUUUUUCCCAAUAGGUCAUGGGAACGCUUUGAAUAUGAUAAUGGAGGGUGUCCUGAGAAUGGAUUAACGUACUUCUGGAUCACAGACUCUUGUCCACGGACAGUGCAGGCAGUGAAGAGCCGACCCCCAUUUGAAGUUCUUAGCCUUUCAGCUUCCAUAUCCGCUACCCUUCAAAUUUAACAGUGGUUUUGAAGCAUAUGAUUCCUAACUCUUAAUAAAUGGGACAUGUUGGUUUAUUGUGUGCUUGUUUUCAUCUCUCCCGGAAUCAACAUCUAUUGGAGACUAACAGACAGUAGGAAUUUAUUGGUGUUCGUAGUGUUGAUUUACAAUAAAAUUCAGACAGCAUUUUUCCUACCGUCUGAAACAUAUUCACAAAUUGUAACACUAAUAAAUUGAUGUAUGGGUAGUUCAUGAGUACACCACACUGCUAGAGACCUACAUAUGAAACCUUGUCGCUCGUGUGCCCUUUGCAUUGGUAUGCUCUGUCGUCAAUGCAAUCUCAAAUCUAGACAUUUGAUCACAAAGUGAAAACUAUAGCAUUAAUUUAUACCGGCAUUUAUAAAUAAGCAUGUUUUAUUUUA